UCUCCCUCCCUCAGCUCAGUCCCUGCUUUUCUCUCGCUGUCUCCUCGUACUUUUACCCCCGUUCUGCCUACAGCCAUGGCGGGGGCCCAGCCCGGGGUACAUGCCCUCCAGCUGGAGCCGGUCCGGGUGCCGGAGACCCUGCAGCGGGGCAGCAAGUUCAUCAAGUGGGAUGAGGACACCAGCGGUAAGUCUUUGGUGACCCUGCGUGUGGACAGCAUGGGAUUUUAUCUCUAUUGGACCUGCCCUAAUAUGGAAGUUGAUAUUCUUGAUAUCUCCUUAAUAAGAGACACUCGGACGGGAAAGUAUGCCAAAAUUCCUAAGGACUCUCGCAUGAGAGAAAUAUUAGGAUUCACCGGAACUGAGCAGCGCCCUGAAGAUAAACUCGUAACUGUUGUCUAUGGGAGUGACCUUGUUAAUGUCAGCUUCCUCAAUUUUAUGGCCGUACAGGAGGACACGGCAAAGAUUUGGACUGAUGGACUUUUUAAAUUGGCAACAAAUAUUUUAGCACAAAAUUCAUCUCGGAACACAUUCCUGCAAAAGGCAUACAUUAAACUAAAGCUCCAAGUUAAUCAGGAUGGAAGGAUUCCAGUGAAGAAUAUCUUGAAGAUGUUUGCAGCAGAUAAGAAGAGAGUAGAAACAGCCCUGGAAUCAUGUGGGCUGAAUUUUAACAGGAGUGAGUCCAUCAGGCCAGAAGAAUAUACCUUUGAAAUCUUUGAGCGGUUUCUGAAUAAGUUAUGUCUUCGUCCAGACAUUGAUAAGAUCUUACUGGAGCUCGGAGCUAAAGGGAAGCCAUAUUUAAAUCUUGAGCAGCUGAUGGAUUUCAUAAACCAAAAGCAACGAGAUCCAAGACUCAAUGAAAUCCUUUUCCCACCUCUAAAGCGGGACCAGGUGCGCCAACUCAUUGAGAAAUAUGAGCCCAACAAACAGUUUUUAGAGAGGGACCAGAUGUCCAUGGAAGGCUUCAGUCGCUUUCUUGCUGGAGACGAGAACAGUAUUGUGCCACCAGAGGCCCUAGAUCUAAGUGACGACAUGACCCAACCCCUCACCAGUUACUUUAUCAACUCCUCUCACAACACCUACCUCACUGCUGGGCAGCUGACUGGGAACUCCUCAGUGGAGAUGUACAGGCAAGUGCUGCUCACAGGGUGCCGCUGUAUUGAGUUGGACUGUUGGAAAGGACGCCCCCAAGAUGAAGAACCCUUUAUUACUCAUGGAUUUACUAUGACCACCGAGAUACCAUUUAAGGAAGUAAUUGAAGCAAUUGCAGAAAGUGCCUUCAAAACUUCCCAAUUCCCAGUUAUUUUAUCCUUUGAAAACCAUGUUGAUUCAACAAAGCAACAAGCGAAAAUGGCUGAGUAUUGUAGGAACAUCUUUGGAGACGCGCUCUUAAUAGAACCUCUGGAAAAAUAUCCUAUUCAGCCAGCGGUGCCUCUUCCAAGCCCCCAAGAACUCUUGGGUAAGAUCCUAGUGAAGAACAAAAAGAGGCACAGAGUGGGGGGAAAAGGCUCUUCUGAGGGCAGUGUGAAAAGAAGAGUCAGUGAACAGCCGUCUAACACUUACAGUGACUCCUCCAGUGUGUGCGAGUCGCCUGCUACAGGUACACUGGCCUCCGACGCAGCUGAUGUCUCUUUAACGCUUUCCAACGGUGAUGAGAAAAUUGAGGAGAGGAUUCCUAAGUGUGUAGAACCACGCAAGUCUAUAGACCGUGAUGCUUAUAGUGAAGAGGAAGAAGAUGAAGAACCGACUGACCCAAAAAAGUCUGAUGAGGGAACAGCAAGUAGUGAAGUCAGUGCCACAGAAGAAAUGUCCAAUCUUGUUAACUACGUGGAACCUGUUAAGUUCAAGUCAUUUGAUGUUGCCAACAAGCGGAAUAAAUAUUAUGAAAUGUCUUCCUUUGUUGAGACUAAAGCACUGGAACAGCUUACUAAAUCUCCCAUGGAGUUUGUGGAAUAUAACAAGAAGCAGCUGAGUCGUAUUUACCCCAAAGGAACAAGGGUAGAUUCCUCUAAUUACAUGCCCCAGGUUUUCUGGAAUGCUGGGUGUCAGAUGGUGGCGCUAAACUUUCAGACAGUCGACCUUCCCAUGCAGCUGAAUAUGGGGAUAUUUGAAUACAACAGACGCAGCGGAUACCUCCUGAAGCCGGAAUUCAUGCGCAGAACAGACAAGCCAUUUGAUCCCUUCACAGAAAACAUUGUGGAUGGUAUUGUAGCUAAUACAGUGAAAAUUAAGAUUAUUUCAGGGCAGUUUCUGUCUGAUAAACGUGUUGGAAUAUAUGUAGAAGUUGAUAUGUUUGGGUUGCCUGUUGACACGAAAAGGAAGUUUAAAACAAAAACUUCCCAAGGAAACUCCUUUAACCCUGUGUGGGAUGAGGAACCCUUUAUAUUCCAUAAGGUGGUGCUACCAACCCUCGCCUCUCUUCGUAUUGCGGUCUUUGAGGAAGGUGGAAAGUUUGUUGGGCACAGAAUUCUACCAGUGUCUGCUAUACGGCCAGGUUAUCACUACAUCUGUCUGAGGAAUGAGAUUAAUCAGCCUCUGUGUCUCCCGGCUCUUCUUGUAUAUACUGAAGCCAACGAUUAUAUCCCCGAUGACCACCAAGAGUACAUCAGAGCUCUGAUUAACCCCAUCCAACAUGUCAGUCUGGAUGAGAGGGCAAAGAGGCUUGUGGCUCUGAUUGGAGAAAGUGAGUUGAACAACACUGAAAAGCAACAAGAUAGAAAAAAGACAGACACAACGUAUGAUUCUUCUAACCGGAAUCUGUGUGACAAGAAGCCUUCUAUCACCCCAGUGCCACCCCCUGCUCAGCAACGAGAUGACCUCAUAGCAAGUGUACUGACAGAUGUUCAAGCUCCUUCUUUAGAGGAGUUGAAGUUACAGAAAAGCUUUGUGAAGCUGCUGUGCCAACAAUACCAAAAAUUGCGCUAUAUGCACAGGAAACACCUGCGCAAGGUAUCGUCACUCUGCAAGGAGCAGAACAGCAGAUUCAAACAGCUCCAAAGCAGUCGCAGAAAGAAGUUUCCAAAGAGCUUCAAACUGGGCCAAGAUUCAUUAACGGAGCAGGAGGAGCAGCAGAAGAAGCUGAUGGAUCUGCAGGGGGAGCAGCAGAGACGCCUUGUGGAGCUCAGAGAAUUACAGCAUGAGCAAGAAAGAAAAAUCAAACACUUACACCUUCAACAGGCUGUGCAGAAGCUACAAGAGGUUGCCCAAGCCUACCAUACCUCCCAGCUCAAGAAGUUAAAAGAAACCAGUGAGAAAGAGAAGAAGGAACUGCAGAAGAUUCUGGACAGAAAGAGACAUAACAGCAUCACUAAGGUCAAGUCACAAGACCGGCACAAGAAAGAAGGAGAACUGACGGAGAUCAACAGACGUCAUAUCAAUGAGUCAGUGAACUUUAUACGCAGUUUAGAAGAAGCACAAAACAAACGUCUAGAAAAGUUGCUUGCUGCUCACCAAGAGACGCUGCACAAAAUAAAGGAUGAGGAGCCAAAGCUGAUGGCCCAGUUAGAGGAGGAGUGCCAAGCAGAGUUACAUCAGCUCCCCCAAGAAGUGCAACGAUAUCUGCAAGAAGAAGGAGGCAGUAGGGGUGGGAGCAGCUCUGGACCACCUUCUUCAGCACAUAGUACCCCUACUUCUAUCACAAGGGGCUGGGGCUCAGAACUUGUUGAAGGAGAUGGUUUACAGACCCCAGAGGACUCAGAAGAUGAAGCUACUGUACUCUGACCCCAUAAGCCUAGAACUUCUACAAUACUUUUAUAUAUUAUAUAUAUAUUUGUAUACAGAUGAUCACCCCAUUUUUUUUUAAAAGAAGAAUUUAUAUUCACUAAUAUAGUAUUCUCAGAAAGAAUUAUGAUGACACUUGCUAUAAAUGGAGACCAAACAGACGUCUAUGGGCCCAUCUAAAACAUCUAAGAAAAAUUCCACAGUUCACCUAUAAUUAUGAAUGGCCAAAAAAUAUCUUCUGGAAAGAAUUUAUUAUAUAUAGUCGUAAAUCUAAUCAAAAUCAGAUCAUAUGUGUGCCCAUAAGUGACACUGAUUGUGCAACACUAUGGGCCAGAUUUAUCAUUAGCUCAAGUCAGAAUAAUGGAGUGAAAAAGUUGCGAAUUUUUGCGCAAUCGAUUAAACUGCGCAAAAAUUUGCGACUUUUAUUGGCUCUGCAC